AUGUAUUCCUGUCAUUUCCCCUUCAGAAAGGGGGAAAAUGUAAUGCUAAAAUUUCGAAGCCAACAAAUCUGUCGCCACAAAUUAGAAAGUUCAAUGGAAACUAACAGUAACAGUGCAAGUUCAAACCCUUCAGUUUCUUCAUUGAGAUGGAAAAUCCUUCGACGGGCUGUUCUUUCCCGCGCCAAAAAUCCAGAAGGUGAGUCCCAAUUGGGAUUGAAGCUCAUUUCCAGAAAAGCAGCAAAAGGAUUCAACUUGAUACAGUGCCAGCUACUCCAUCAUGAUCACGAGUCUAGAGAUGCCCGAUUCUGCUACACUUUGCCCAUUCACGGAUGUCCCAAGCUUGUUUUAACUCAGAGAAUGGAUGAUAAUGCCGACUUCAGUGAUUUUGAGAUUUGUAAUAGACACAACAUUGACAAUACUGGACUCGUCUGUCAGUGGCCGUCUGAAGAUGUCCUUGCCUAUUAUUGUUUAUCUCAUGCAGACAUGUUCAGGUCUAAAAAUGUCAUCGAGCUUGGAUCAGGUUACGGCUUAGCUGGAUUAGUCAUUGCUGCAGCCACAGAGGCAUUAGAAGUAGUGAUUUCAGAUGGAAAUCCUCAAGUGGUUGAUUAUAUUCUGCAUAAUAUUAACACAAACUCCGAAGCAUUUGAUGGAACAAGAGUGAAGUCCAUGCAAUUGCACUGGAAUCAGAAAGAAGUUUCAAAUCUCUUGCACACUUUUGACAUCGUUGUUGCAAGUGAUUGCACCUUUUUCAAGGAGUUCCACAAAGAUCUUGCUCGAAUAACCGAGCUCCUGUUGAAAAAAGCAGGACACUCUGAAGCUAUAUUUUUCAGCCCAAAAAGAGGCAACUCACUAGAUAAGUUUCUAGAGGAAAUCGAGGAGAAAGGCUUGCUUUUCAGCAUAACAGAGAUGUACGACGCUGAAAUUUGGACGCAUCAUCAACAGUUCAUGAACAGAGAUGAGUCUUGGACUGGCUACGAAAAAGAUCAUUGUUAUCCGUUAUUGAUACGAAUCACCAGAUAAACUGCAGUGGCCGGAUUCAUCCCAUCACCUACAAAUAUGUAAGUGUGUAUGGUUUGUUGGUUGGAAACUUUCUUUUUGGGUUGACGUGGUGGGCAGGUAUGUGCAGUAUGGUCGUUAUCUUUAAAGGGAACAUGACUCACAUGUACAUGCAGUUGCCAAAUCAACUUCUAUUGCUAUUUUGUCAUUUUGUUAUGCGGGGAACCUUGUCAUAGUGACUGACUUCCCUGUGAAUGAAACAUGGAUGACUGCACUGAAACAUUGCAUCAAUUAUCUUCCUUUUUUUCAUGCAUAUUUUGCUUUUCA